UUUGCGAGUGUGGUUGCGUUUCUCGCUUUCGAUUCACUCAUCUAAAUAUGCACAUCGCUGUCACCUGUUUGUUAGCUUCAUUUCCAAUUUAUACUUUGAUCUUCUUGUUUUAUCAGUCAUCUUUCCUUAUUCUUAAUGUCAUUAUACGCCAACAUGGCUCGAAAUCAACAGGAUUAGUUGGGUUGUUUAGUGUGAUAGAGAGAGACAGAAUAAAUAAACAAAGAAAUAAGUUUUCUUGUAGUUGUCACUCUAACAACAAAUAAUAAGUUUUCUUGUUAGAAGUGAGAUUUUAUAUAUGAAUCCAGGAGCAUAAAGGUUUGAUCUUUUUUUAAAAUAAGAAAUGGAGUUUUUGUGUUCUUGAUGAUUGAUUGCUUGAGGUUCUGCUGAGAGAUCCUGUAAUGGGAAAGCAAGGGUCUCGGAGAAGCCCACGUCCGGAAUCCCGGAUUGCUGACUUGUCUGUUGGGAUGAAAGAUUAUAAGCUUAGAACCUCAGAUAAUUCAGUAGGUGGUGAUCCAUGUAUUGGUAGGAGAAAUUCAGGAGGGGAUAUCAAUUGGAAUUCAAAAGUUACAUUGGCUGAUACCUUUAAAAGUGAUUAUGGAAAACCUGGACCUUUUAAGGGAGUUCAUGUGGGGAAAAAGCAUAUGUGGUUCCAGAAGCACAUGAGGUCAAUUGUUUUCAUGUUCAGUUUUAUGGGUUUCCUUUUCCUGCUUGAUUCUUUCAUGGUAUCCAUCUUUGCUUCAGUGAAUAUACAUAAUAGCUCAAACUCCAAUCAUUCAAGUGUCCUUAAGAAGGAAAGCGCUGCCCACAUAAAUGAGACAGAAGCACCAGUACAGAUGUAUUCCAGGCUUCUGAAUUUGGCCUCAGCUUCUCUUGCCGAGAAAGAGUUUAAGCAAGAGAAAUCAGUUUUCUGGGAAGAAUCAAAUCGCUUGGCAUCUGUAUGGAAACCCUGUGCAUAUACAAAAGGUCCCACCACCAAUUUAGAAAAUUCUGGCAGAAGUAAUGGCUAUAUGCUGGUUAGUGCAAAUGGCGGUCUCAAUCAACAACGAGUUGCUAUAUGCAAUGCGGUUGCCGUAGCAUCUCUGCUUAACGCAACUCUAGUUCUUCCCAGAUUUCUUUACAGUAAUGUAUGGAAGGAUCCUAGCCAGUUUGGUGAUAUUUACCAAGAAGAUUACUUUAUGAAUACCUUGAAGGAUGAAGUAAGCAUUGUAAAAGAACUUCCAUCACAUUUGAAAUCAUUAGACAUUGAAGCCAUUGGUAGCCUAAUUACAGAUGCAGAUAUAAUGAAGGAGGCAAAGCCCUUUGAUUACUCUAGAAAAGUACUUCCACUUUUACUACGUAAUGGAGUAGUUCACUUCCUUGGAUUUGGAAAUCGACUCGGCUUUGAUCCAUUGCCUUUAAAUAUUCAGAAACUAAGAUGCAGGUGUAACUUCCAUGCUUUGAAGUUUGUACCAAAAAUUCAACAAGUUGGGUCAUUAUUGAUUGGAAGGAUAAGGAAAUAUGAAGGCACCAGGAGUUUGGUGGACAAGCAACUGCUUGGAAACUUUAUGCCAGACAUUCCCUUAAAAAAUCACAAUGCCACAGUAGGCCCAUCCCGGUAUCUUGCUUUACACAUGAGAUUUGAAGUAGAUAUGGUGGCCUACUCCCUAUGUGAUUUUGGGGGUGGAGAAACUGAGAGAAAGGAACUUCAAGCCUAUAGAGAAGUCCAUUUCCCUCUGCUCCUUGAACGCUUGAAGAUCUCCAAGCCUAUUUCACCGGUGAAGCUGAGAAAGUUGGGAAGAUGUCCACUAACACCAGAGGAAGCUGCUCUUGUUCUUGCUGGUCUCAGUUUACGACGUGGAACUUAUAUUUAUAUGGCUGGGUCUCAAAUAUAUGGAGGAGAAUCCAAGAUGCAUCCAUUCACCAGCCUCUAUCCCAAUGUUGUCACAAAAGAAACACUCCUCACACCCAGUGAACUGGCACCUUUUAAGAACUUCUCUUCUCAGCUAGCAGCAUUGGACUUCAUUGCUUGCGCAUCUGCUGAUGUGUUUGCGAUGACCGACUCUGGUAGCCAACUAGCAUCGCUGGUUUCAGGAUUCCGAACUUACUAUGGUGAUGGCCAUGCACCUGUAUUGCGGCCCAACAAAAAGAGGCUAGCUGCAAUUUUGUCGGAGAGUAGCACCAUAGGAUGGGAAAGCUUUGAAGGCAGAGUGAGGAAGAUGAUUGAGGAGGGUCAAAGGGUGCGUGUGAGAGGUUUUGGCCGAAGUAUUUAUCGACUGCCAAGAUGCCCAGAAUGCAUGUGCAAAUCUUAAUAUCAUUCAUGCUGACAACUUCGGAAGUUUUAAUUUCACUUUGGCCACUGAUACUAAUCAUAUCACAACACAAGCAAAAGCAACUUUGCAUUUCACGAACCCGAGACCAGCUAUGCUGGGGAUUGUUCUGCAUUCAAGCCCUGGUAUGUACAUGAUCGACCAUGUGAUUUUUUAAGUUUGUUCUUCGCUGUUAAUUUUCUAUUGCUUCAAUUCUUUGUGUCGUUAUUUCAAUAAUCUUUAAAUGGUUGU